AUGACCCUAAGUUAACUUUUUAUUAGUCAAGAUUUAGUCUCCAUUUGGUGUAUUGGGUAUUUGUAAAAAAUAAUUCAAAAAGCAUUGAUGCCCAUAAAAGUUUGGGUAUUUAAUAAUCGAACGAUUCAAGAUUAAUCUCUUGCCUAGGAACAUAUGUUUUUUUUUAAUUUAAGAAAUUGAUAUGCAAGCAUUUGAACAAGUAAUUGUAAAUAUGA